CACAGCGACAUGCACUGGAUUACGCUUCUGUAAUUAAGUCUAAUUAAUUACAUGUUAAUUGCCGCAGUUAUUUAGAGAUAAAAUGCUGAAGUAUGUAAUCGCACUUAUUUCAGUGGCUUUAGCAGUAUGGACGGUUCCCGACACCUUUACAUUCUUAACCUCAUGGCUUUCUGGGAGCUUAGAGUCGGACAGGUUGUUGAGUCAGGACGAGCUGUCUCUUUAUACCGGGACACAGAACAGCAAAGGACUGUACCUCGCUAUUUUAGGACAGGUGUUUAAUGUUGAAAAGGGAAGAAGACAUUACGGUCCAGGUCGAAGUUAUCAUUCCUUUGCAGGAAGAGAUGCAUCCAAAGCCUUCGUUACGGGCGAUUUCACUGAGGAAGGUUUGACCGAUGAUGUGUCUGACCUUUCUCCAUCUCAAAUAGUGGCACUCUACGACUGGUUGGCUUUCUACCAGAAGGACUACACACCUGUAGGAAGAUUGAUUGGCCGGUUCUACAGCGACAGCGGGAAGCCCACAGAUGCCCUGCUGCAGGUGGAAGUCGCUUUGGCUCAGGGACUGAAACAGAAAGCCCAGGUUGAAAAGGAGAACGAGCUCUACCCAGCCUGUAACUCAGAGUGGAGCUCUGCAGCAGGAAAACGUGUAUGGUGCUCUACAAAAAGUGGCGGAGUCCAUAGAGAAUGGGCUGGUGUUCCCAGAAUGCUCUUUAAGCCAGGCGUAGGCCAUACACGCUGCGUAUGUGUACGAGUGGAUGACCACACCCAUUCAAGCAAUCCAAAUCUUCAGCAGUAUAAGGAUUGUCCACCUCACUCAGAGUCCUGCUUUCUUGGUCACGAAUGAACUAUCCGGAACUAUGAAUAUUUUUUACUGUGGUUACUUUUUCUAUGUUGUUAGAAUGUAGUUUACCAGCUGGUCUGUACAAAGUAUUACAUUGAUGGGCAGCUAAAGAAAAGCAAUAUUUGAUCAUUCAUAAUCAAAGGUGCAAACAGCGAGAAGAGCCCGACAUCUGUGUGAAUGGAUGUGGGUGGCUCCUCACUACUCAGUUAAGUUCAGUCUGUACACUAGUGUGCUAAACUAAUAAAACAUCACAAACCAUGUACUCCACUUUUACAGAGUAUAUACCAUAUGCGGUUUGGGACAGAGCACCUCAUUCAGCAAGACAUUACAUGUGUUGUUGAUCAGUAGCAUAACUUUGUUAAUAAAGUGGAGCUUAACUUUAUUAUCUGGAAUUAUGGUGAUCAUAUUGUUUAUUUUUAAAUUAAUUAACUUGGAACAAGUGGUGGGCAUUUAAAAAUAUACUAGAUUUAAUCUAUUAUAUUGUGUGUUUUUGGUCAUACUAUCGUGGUGGAGACAUACAGAGUAUAGUGUGAUCUACUGUUAAGCUUUUUCACUUUUUUCCUAUUAUUUUAUGGGGAGUCACACUGAGUUUGUGUGGCUCUCUGUACGCAACACAGAAGAAGUAGCUACAGAUGUUUAAGAUCAGGGGUCGUGCAAGCAGCAGCAGAUUCACAAUCUGGAAAUGGAUAUGACUAGACUAGGAGAUGCAGAAUGCAAAAAAUAGCCUACUUUUAAAUAAAUGAAACGUACACAUUUUAAGUAAACAA